AUGAGCCAGGUCAAGAACCUGCGAGCCAUGUUUGAAAACAAAGGCGAUACAAGCCCGCCUGACAGAGGGAGAUCUCCAGGCAUCACGCCCAGUAGGCAUAUCGGAAACGCCAGCUCCAAUGGCUCGCCGCGGCCGCUCUCCAAGGUUCGCACAAACUUUGUUGCAAUUGAAAAGGACGGCCGCAUGGGUUUAAGAAGAGAUCACAGCGGCGAAUCGAGCUUGUCGAGAAGACGAAUGAGUACCGAAACUGCAGACACCGAAUUCAACAGCAACUAUCUUGAGAAUCCCAAUACAGUACCAUCAGACGACGUGAGUAAAGCUUCACGUCGCAACAUCGCCAGCGAGACUAUCCCCGAAUCUCCGAGAACAAUGUCCCACGAACAGGCUGGGGUUUCUGUAGACGCAGGCUCACAACUGGACAAAGCGCACAUGGAAGUCAAAAUGAAGUUGGGUUCGCCUCCACACCUCCAGAGCGAAGAAAGAGGAACAGGCUCCGCGGGAAACGCAGGAUUAAAUUCUGUCUCGGCUACGAAUCGCUCCCACGGCAUCAAGCACAAUGGACAUCUCUCUGUUCAAGCCAAAAUGAUGACGACAGGGCCGACGAAAGGUUUCAGUGCAACUUCUGCUGCAAGACCCGAAUCAAGGGCGAAUAAUAGAGGCCUCAAAAUCAGCACGUUAUCUGCUGAUAAGACCCAGAAAGCCAAUACCGGGGCAACUUCAUCCACCAAAGCGAGAACGGUUCCAUCAGGGGUUGUAGCCAAAAGCCAACCUGUCAAGACAAAGAGCCAGAAUGAUGCGGGUUUUAUCAAGCCGAAGCCAAAAUCACCCACCAAGCAAGUUCAAAUGCCAUCAUCACUCACCGCACCGACAGCUUCUUCGGUAUCGAAAGUUCACGUACCUCGUCGGCCUCUUUCCCGCCAAUCCGGAACUCAAAAUAACCCAGCACAACCCAGUAUUCGACCAAAUAUGUCAAAUUCUACGGCUUCACACUCUUUCAUCAAGGGGCAAGUCUCCUCUUCGUCUAGGUCCCGACCGAGUCUCGGGCCUCCUCCAAACAAACAGUCGCAAGUUACGGCCAGUAACAAAAAGCAGAGCAAUGUCGAUGAAGGAUUCUUAGCACGUAUGAUGCGCCCUACACAGUCAUCGUCUUCCAAAGCCACUGAUAAAGCUCCGGUCACUCCACCAAAAAGAACGGCCCAGAGACCGGUGAGUGGUGAGAAUGGGAAUCAGGCACUCCUAAGGUCGGCGAGCAGUAGGGGCCUUCAUGGUAAAAGGAUCCCAGUGCCUGCAUCAUUGCAGUCAACCUCCGCGCCACUAGCUGGUCCUACUGAUGAACCUGACCCCCCCGAAUCUGAGGAAGAAUGCAACGAACUUCAUAUUGACACCAAUAAUCGAUCGGAAAUAGCAAAUGCAGACAAAGAGGCCAGGUCUCCUCCAAAUCCUGCCACCAAGUACACAAUCGAGGAGAAGGGCGCGUCAGCUGUUCCAGAAGGACCGAAAAGAUUUGAAGCCCUGAUCACUGGUUCGACUUGCAACACGAGGAAUGAUCUUGUCCACAACAGUCAGUUACGAGAGGAAGCUGACGAUUCCAAGGCUUCCGUUGCCGCAGGGCCCACACCACUGGUUGAGCUGAUGGAAGCUUCUAGUUCUGUUGGCAGCGACGAGAUAGCUAGCAAGGAUAAACGGCCUGGUGCAAUUGAGGAGGUUGAUGAUGCGGCUCCAGAAGCCACGAGUAAGCAGCAAAACUGCAAGGCUGACCAAGUGUCAGAGACGAAAGAAAUACCUCAAGGUCCAGCUGGGGAUAGUCUGGCCAACGAGGAGCCUGUGACUGCUGAGGGUCAUGAGAGUAGUGAUCCAGUCGAGAUGGAUCUCGCUGCGCAACAUACCCCUGAAACUUGUACUUCGCCGUUUGAUGUCAACCAGCCAUAUGAACAGAGCAUUCAACAAGUGAUUCAAAGUACUCGAAACCACCUUGUACCAGAAAUAAACAGCCCUUCACCUUUGGAGAUCAUACAGACCGAUCUUGGCGGCGAUAAACCCGACGGUAUCCCUAAAAUGGAAGCUGUUUCGGAUGAACAGAAGCAACCUACGGUUCAAGGCCAUGAGGGCACGGCAGAGGUGGCUCUGGAAACAGAACAUGCUUGA